AUGAUGCAAAUUGAUCCCGCCCCCGCGCCGGCUACCUCGCGAGACUUCGCGGGUCCCUCCCUCUUUCCUUUCUGCCGCCGCCAUGCCCCAGCCCCCCUUCCUUUCCUUCGGCCUAACCAGUGUGCUGUUUCCUCCAUACAGCCAUCCAGACUGAGGAAGACCCGAAAACUCCGGGGCCACGUAAGCCACGGGCACGGCCGCAUCGGUAAGCACCGCAAGCACCCUGGAGGCCGCGGGAAUGCUGGAGGCAUGCACCACCACAGGAUCAACUUCGACAAAUAUCACCCAGGUUACUUUGGAAAAGUCGGUAUGAGGCACUACCAUUUAAAGAGGAACCAGAGCUUCUGCCCAACUGUCAACCUGGAUAAGCUGUGGACACUGGUCAGUGAGCAGACACGGGUCAAUGCUGCAAAAAACAAGACUGGGGUUGCUCCCAUCAUUGAUGUUGUGCGAUCGGGUUACUACAAAGUUCUGGGGAAGGGCAAGCUCCCUAAGCAGCCAGUCAUUGUGAAGGCCAAAUUCUUUAGCAGAAGAGCUGAAGAGAAGAUUAAGGGUGUUGGAGGUGCCUGUGUCCUGGUGGCUUAAAGCUGCCUGGGGAGGUUAAUUAAAUAUUAACAUUUUCCAUGUGGUCUGAGUAGUUCCUUCAGUGACAUUUCUAUGUAUCCUUGUCUAUAUGCUGGGAACCUGCCUAACAGAUCUAAGAUGUGAGGAGAUGUGGGCUGGUCGGUCUGUAAUAGAUGUUGCCCAACUUCACACGACUAUAAAUUCAUGGGUUCCUGUG